AUGUACGCUACGCAGCACCAAUAUACAUAUCCUCCCGCCGCUCCGGCGCCGAGGCAAUACUCGGCACACGGAACCAGCAGCGCGUUCUCUAGCUCCGCCAAUCCUGAUGAGGACUGGACCAAGAUCUCAGACCUUGCCGAGCGCCGUAGGAUACAGAACAGGAUCGCCCAGCGAAACUACCGAAAGAAGCUCAAGAGACGUCUGGAAGACCUCGAGCGACGUGCCGGAAGCUCCGAUGACGCCGCCUCGCCCACUGGAAGCGAGAAGCAGUCUCAGCCUAGCACCCGAAACACCAAGAAGACCAGCUCUUCCAAGUCGCAAAAGUCCACAGCCGCCCCUCAGAAGCCCGUACAACCGCCUCAAUUCACGCCGCCUAUGAACCACGAUGACGAGAUCCUAUUCAGCCAUGCCACCUACGAUGACCGGGAACGAUCCCACACGCCGCCCUCGUAUAUGAACUACUCGGCCUACCCUCCGCCGGAUGAGAUGAUUUUGCCUCCCUACGGCUCGGCGCAACCAUACCACCCAAUAACCACGGGUGAAGGCUACCCCAGCUACAUGGCUUCUUCGGUACCUUGCACGCUACCGCCUAUGACACACUUCAACGACGCUAUCAAGAGGGAGACGUACCCGGAGGAGUCAAUGUCUUCCUAUAUGAGCUAUGGAUUUGUGCCCGCGGUGGAUGUUCACGGCCACAAUUCGUACGACCACUCGAACCCUCAUACUCCACCGCUUUCGCAUUCGUAUGACCAUUCGGCGAAUUGCUCUGAGUCUGGCUAUGACUACCCCACGACGCCGCUUUCUAUGCCCGGGUCUCCCGGCAUAGGGCAACCACGAUCAUAG